AUACUAUCCAUCGCGCCCUGUACAAUCGCCAUGACUACCAGCUCCCGUCUCUCCUACAUUCCGUGAUGGCCUACACGAGUUAGGUCAUACCUGGGUAAUCCCCAUAUCUUUUUUUUCUAACGAUCCUUGUCUUCCUAUACCACAGCCCCUUCACACUCAUAAUCAACCAUCACCGUACUCGCUCUGCUGUAGUUGUGGGCGCGCGAUCCGCGAUGCGCACCUCACAAUGAGCCUGCUUCACGCUCACUUUCACCCGGUGGCAGCCUAGGCAGCCCGCGUUAAAAAAAAACCUUACACUCUACUGCAAGUAUACACCUCUACUAUGGAACCACACGAGCCGAACGUUUCCACCUCCGCCUCCGCCUCCACCAACAUGGCCGACGACCCAGAUGUCGAGACACCGCAGCAACAAGAUGGCCGGCAUCACCAGACGAGAGAUGCACGGGGACGACCGCUCAACUUGGUCCCUUCGAGGCUUGACGUCGGCUACAAAUGGAUUGAGUACAUCCCCGAGUUUGACGAGAUUUCCCAAGACGCCGAGGACACGAUCUACUGGACCGAGAAGGGACUAUGGAAAGAGAGCCUACGGGAGUGGAAGAAGAAGGGGAAGCAUGGCGAUCCGCCCCAGCAGCGUGCCCUCUCCGCCGCGAAUCCCAUGGCCUACCACAAUGCACGAAUCCUAAACAGCUUCCCCAGCAUUUUCAACGCUAUCGAACAAUGGCAAGCCUCGCACCCCGACGAGCCUCGCAUUAUUGCCAAGAUGGCUUGUCGAGGCUCGGCCAAGAUGGACUACAUCCUCAAGACGAUCAAGGAGAUAGCCAGCCAAGAGACUACCAUUCCCCACCCCGAUCCACAGCGCGCAGCCAAGGGCGAAACGUUUGCAUACCAGAGAAAGUAUGUUGUCACCAGCAGCCUGCAGGUCUGCCGCGCGCUUCUCUGGUGCAGGAUCGUCCAGGAAAUGGGCGAGGCGUGCGUCGCCCACAUCAUGAACCGCUCGGAGCGGAACGACACCAUGGACGGAUGGAGGGACAUAUACGAUCCAGUCAGCUACGAGCGCAAGGAUAAGGUGUGGAUCAUGGUGGCAGGGUUGAGUGUGAUCUGCCCGCCCACCACACUGACGGAAGGGAACAUCCUCCACGGGUUGGAGCCACCUAGUCUGGAGAAUAUGGCCCGCCAAGCAGCCAAGUGUCAGUACCACGGCGGCCAGACGCAAGACGUGGUCAAAGUCCGCUGGCUGGUCCACAAGCAGUCCAUUAUCGAAACCAAUAUGGUAAACGAGCGGUCGACUUGAGUAAAGGUCUUGUCUACGCGUAGGCCGAGAUGGUAUGGAAGUAGGGUGUGCUUACGUGGGAUUGUGUCUACACGUGGGAGCUUGGGAGGUACAAGAUAGCUAGGAUCCUAAUCACAUGGAAUGUCAAC